AUGCCGCCGAUGUCCGCUCCCAUAUCAGCCAUUCCUGUCACCUUUUUUCCUCCGACCACCGUCCCAACUCCAUCAAUUCCUACACCCAGCGAACCUUCCCAACAAGAAACCGCACCUUCCGAAACACCAAAACAACCCCAAACCAAACCACUAGAUGUCAGCCCUCUUUCCGCUUAUCAAGAUCUAGGAACGGAAGAGGAGAUCGCUGAAGGGCAGAGGAUACCGGAGGAGAAGGAGAGCGAAAUGGAAAGGGAAUUCCAGUCGAUAUUAGAUGGAGUGACAGGGAGGAAGGAGAGUGCUGUCGAGAUGGCUGAGGGUCCAGACCUCGCAUCUAAGGCAGUAGGAGACAGCAACACACCGGAAUCAACAUGGAAACUAGAAGGAGAGUCUGCGCAGCCAGUACUAGUAGACACAGAACCCAAAGUUCCAGUUGUCCAGCAUGAGGCAGAGAAGCCUACCGUCAUCAAGUCGAAAGUCGUGAAGAGAAAGUUGGUAUUGAAGGAUAACCCAAAGGAUGAGAGGCAGAAACCGAAGCGUGUGUCGCAAAGGUGCCUGGGACGAGGGCUGACCAGGAAGGCAGGAGCCAACACUGCAAGUGAAACAGUUACAAUCUCCAGCGAUGAAGAAGGGGUAACUCCUACAAAACCUGAGGAGAAACCCAUGCCGGCUGCCGACCAGGAAGACACCCUCGAGAAGGCAGAAGUAGUACCACCUACCCCUACUAGUCAGAAAGUGGGAACUCCUACAAAACCUAGGGAGGACCCGAGCGACACACCGUUAGACAAGUCGGUGAUCAAUACCCAGGCGACCGAACCUACCGCCCAGGAGAAGCCUUCGGCGUCGACUGAGAAGAAGCCAGCUGAAGAGACUGAGGAAGAGAGAUAUCUACAAGAGAGGAAGAGGAAAGGGAAAGCCCAUUCGCGAAGAGAGGAGAUCAGCGAUGAAGAUUACACCUCAAAUGAUGAGCCUGACCCAGAGGACGACGUGUCCCUAGAAGAUGAAGAAUUUCGAGAGCAACCACUACCUAACGACCACAGUGAACUCGUUCAUCCUCCGGUGGAGAGAGUUGAAUAUGUGUCGUGGCAGAUUGACCUCGAUGACGACCUUAUGGAGGACACGAAGCACUACAACACCACCAAGCUUCAGGAUUCCUUCGAUGACAAAGAAGACAACAGCAAGCAGAUCAAAUGCGGCAAGAGCAGUCGCGGAGUUAACCGCGGAGAACAGGGAAGCGCGUGUAGAGUUGGCAAGGCUGACAGACGUGAUGGAGAAUAUUCUCGAGGAUUAGCAAGAAGAAGGAGGAAGAGUGAGUCCGGGACAAUUAGCCAAGAAACCAAAAGGGAUGUACCACAAGAACCGGCAGAAGAUGAUGAGGACCACCAGGAAUCUGAGGAUGAUGGAAGUGACGACCAGGAGACUGUACCAAAGGAAGCACCUGCACUAAACUCUGCACUUAGGAGAAGCCGGAGGAACAAAUGA